AGCUGAUCAUAGCAACGCCAUUGAAAAUAUUUUGAAAGAAAUUUGAAAUACUUUCCGAGUGUAAAAGGAACAAUAAAAUGUCGGAAGUUGAAGAGACUUUAAAGCGCAUUCAAGCUCAUAAGGGAGUGAUCGGAAUCAUUGUUGUUAAUCAAGAAGGUAUUCCGAUCCGUACCACCCUUGAUAACUCCACCACAGUGCAAUAUUCUGGUCUAAUCCACCAGCUCACAGCAAAAGCAAGAGGCACAGUCAGGGAUAUCGACCCACAGAAUGAUUUAACAUUUCUGAGAAUCCGUUCAAAAAAACACGAGAUAAUGGUUGCCCCAGACAAGGAAUACCUACUUAUCGUAAUCCAGAAUCCAUCUGUGUGAACAGAUUUUAAAUCAGUUACAACUGUUCUUUGUGAAAAAAAUUUGUUAUUGUAUAUGAACACAACACUUAGUAAUGUUUAAAUAUAUUUGUUUGUAUAUAUGAUUAUAUGAACCAUAUGUAAGGAUAUAAACAUUUUAGAUAUUAAACUGCUUCAGGAUUUUAAA